AUGGAGACUCACUUACCUGAAGAGGUGGUGAGGCAUAUCUUCUCCUUUCUGGGUGCAUCCAGCUUGCUACAGGUUUCUCAAGUGAACAAGUUUUGGAAUAGUAUUGCAGAGAGUGAACAUCUGUGGAGAAAACUGUGUCUGAAGAGAUGGAACUUCUGGGACUUCACCUGUAAGUGCCUGGGCACACAGACAUGGAAGCAGGCUUUCCUCCACCAAAUAAAGAAGGAACGUCGGAUGGCGUUGGCACAACCUGAUGACUUUAUCUACAAAGAAGCCAGUGGGAACUUUGUCUUCGAAGAAUUGGCUUAUCUCUCAGGAAAGAAACUCAGAAGAGAUGGACAAGAGAAGUCAAUUAUUUGUACUAUAACUUCCAGGCACGUACUUUAUGCCUGGGACGUGCAAGAGGGUAUUAUGAUCUGGUCAAGCCCAGUCCAGCUGUUCAAAAUGAAUCAUCUAGCUACAAUCCCUCAGAUGCAUCUUGCAAUCACUACAGACUUUGGGGGAACUAUAAAAGUAUGGAAUUGUCAGGAUAGGGAUGCUCUGGCUGAUGUUGCCAUCCCUGGGGUCUGUGUUUCCUUGGAAACCUGUUUCUCAAAGGAUAACCCAUUCAUAAUGGUUGGUAAUUCUGAAGGUGACAUCUACGCAUUUACAGUGCCUGAUUUAACGAAUAUUUCCCACGUUAAUGCAUUUCAAUACAGUAUGAAUCUUCUGCAUUGCUCCCCUGACAAGAAAUGGGUCUUUGCAUGUAGGACACAUCAACAUAUACUGCCAAAGGUAUUUUUCACAGAGAGCUUACUGAGACCAUCAGAAGGCAGCACCCCUCUGUCUUGCUCUCUCUCAUUUUCAUCGUGCUGCAGAGCCUGUUGGACUCCAAGGAAGGAAAGUAGGAUAACGCUGAUGUUCCAAAAAAGCACUACCAGAAGGAUGGGAUUUGCCACCUUUGAUCUAACAAUGGAGAAGACUGGGGGCCAAACAGACAUCCAGGCACAGCUGAUUGGAAGCUUCCUGUUGCCAGUUAAUAUGGGUCUUUCUCUGUGGAUGGGAGUCAGUCCUGAAAAUCUGAUUGUCUGCGAGAGUGGGCCAUCCUUGUUCCUCUUCACCAUCAGUGGCCUCCUGCUGCAACAGUUUGAGAACCACCAGAACAACAUCAGCUUAUGGGUGGAUUCUCUUCAUGUUGUCACCGUGUCCAUGGAUGACUCUUUGCAUUUAUACAUGUGGGAGGAGGAAGGCCGCUAUCCAUACCUCAAGAGCUGCUGUCACCUGGCACACAAGCAGCACGAGGAGCCGCAGUACAAGGAAGCCCUGCUUCGUACCCUAAACUUCCCUGAUAGUUUGUGA